AUGUCGAGCGAUCCUCACGCUAACCCCGUCGAGUCCAUCGCCCACGGAGAUAGAGAAAUGCCGACGUCGACGCCGGAUCGUUAUUGGCGCCUGUUCAACGACUCAGGGAUGCCACCCCCAUUACCCGCAGUCGGCCCCCCGGCCGUACCGCCCGAGGCGUUUUUCGCCCUCGCCAAGCAAGUGCAAGGAAUGGCAGAAAUAAUGCAGACCGUUGUCCCACUUAUUCCGGAAAUCAAGCGGUUGGCUGACGCCUCCGCCGACCUGACACAACAAAGGCCGAGCGCGGGACAGGAUGUAAUCGGUGAAACCCGAGACGGCGCCGUUCACCGUGAGAGUUCGCUCGUGCGCGAUUCUCCUGCUCCCUCCCGAGCUGCGCGACGUCACUCCGAACCCGACACCGUAUCAUCCGACUCAGCGGACAGCUUCGUUAAAGUACAAUUCUCCCGAGUCAACCGCCGCCUGGACGAAUUCCGACGUGAACUCCAGAAGUCACGUAGCGAGUCAGGCGAGGGCCCCUCGGGCGGAUCCCCUUUUGUCCAGGAAAUACAAGAAAAAUCGGUUCCCCUCAACUUUCGGGUGCCGGCUCUGGAAACAUACGAUGGCAGCUCCGACCCAGCAGAGCACGUCGCCGCGUUCAGGACUCAGAUGGCCCUUUAUGGCACGUCCGACGCGCUAAUGUGCCGUACAUUUCCGACCACCUUCAGAGGACUAGCACGCGCAUGGUUCAGCCGGCUGUGCCAAUCCUCAAUCGCAUCUUUCGACCAGUUCGCCAAGGAGUUCGAACAAAACUUCCUUACCAGCGCACGACCUCAACCUUCCAUAGCCGCCCUGCUCGCGCUAUCGCAGCACGAGGAGGAGACACUCGCGCAGUUCGUAACACGCUUCGCCACGGAGAUCCACGGGUACCCGGAUACUCACCCUUCUCUGAUCAUGCAAGCAUUCCUAACGGGGCUGAAACCCUCAAGGUUCUUCUGGUCACUAAUCGAGAAGCCGCUGGCCACUAUCCCCGAGAUGCUCCACCGUGCCAACCAAUACGUCGCCGGCGUAGCAUUGGCCGUAGGAAGACGCACGGUCGGGAAGAAACCGCGGAUCGAGCAACCCCGAGUCGCCACCUCGUCGGUCAACCCGCAAUCCCGUCGGAGGCUCGACCACCCCGAGCAGAGGCUCCCGAGGCCUCCACCCCUCCCACUCAACACACCUUGUACCGAGAUCUUCCUCCAUAUCAGGGAGAAAGGUCUUUUGCGACCUCCAAAUCCCAUGAAAGCUACUUACAAAAAUCGAUCGAAAUACUGCACGUUCCACCAAGACCAUGGCCAUGACACAGAGGAUUGCCACGACCUCCAGAACCAGAUUGAGGAGCUGAUCAGAAGGGGGUACCUCGGCCGUUAUCUCAAGGAACCCCGAGAAGCAACCCCGCGUCCCCGGAUGCCCGUCGAAAGGCAGAUCGAUGUCAUCCGGGGACGCGGCGGGCGGCAGCAGCUCGAGCGCAAGGAAAUCCUAUGCCCGGAGCUCGAUCGAGAAACGCCCCCGACCCAAGCUAGAACCCGAAAUCUCUUUUGGGGCCGGGGAGGGGGAACGUUCCCAUCAUGA